GUCAACUCGCAGAGGAUUUCUUUCCCGUUAAAAGUAGAAGCUUCGAUGGGCUCAGUGUAAGCUCUUGGCUGGCCUUUCUGGCUCUGAUUCUGCUCUGUAAAUAUUGAUUUAUUUAUUUUUUUUGUAGUCCGGCAUCCCAUUAAAUGCUCCGAAAGAACAUGGGCUAAGUUGGAUUUAAAAGCAAUCGAAAUGUUUUGGCAUGGCUCACUCAGAGAGAGAAUAAAUUUAAAAAAGUCAAUAUUACUCGACGUGAAAACACAGAAGUGGGUUAAUGCCAAAUGCACAUGCUCGGGGCUACUUAACUGGUAUAAAAAUGAAGAGCUUUAAUCAACUAAUGGUACUGGGAAGACGUCAUCAAUUAAAUAAAUUAAACUGGCUAUAAACAAGUGAUGUUGCAAGAUUCCCCUAAGCCUACUAAACCCAACAGAACCCGUGAGGAGGCCAAUCCUACAGCGACACCCAAAGGACGCCUCAGUCUGCCAAACUUCCCCAAAGCGGAGCUCUCGGUCCACCGCCUCUCGCAGCAGCAGUGCAUCGUUAUUUCCAAGCUUUUGGAGGGGAAGGGGGGGGUCCUCUCCUCCCUUGUGGGAUACAAACCGCUAUUCUCAGACACCGAGGCCAGACACGAACAAGUGUGGCCUUAUGAAAACGCGCGCGCGUUUGGACGUAGAUUUCUCCCUCUAAAAACCAUCCACGCUCCGAGACGACAGCAGACAGACGCCUUCAUCUUCUCAAAGUGGCAUCUUGUGCCGGGAAAGCCACAAUUCCCGGAACAAGAGAAAGAUCCCAAGUUUUGGAACACGUGGGCUCAGCGGACGCUGAAGAAUGCUUUGAACCUGCAAAGCCUCAACAAAAACAAGGCAAAGAAUCUCAUCCUCUUCCUUGGAGAUGGAAUGGGCGUUCCCACGGUGACGGCUGCUCGAAUCCUGAAGGGUCAACUAAGCGGGAAAAGUGGAGAAGAGACUCAGCUGGAGAUGGACAAGUUCCCUUUUGUAUCGCUGGCCAAGACAUACAACACUAACGCCCAGGUGCCAGACAGCGCUGGCACGGCCACCGCUUACCUCUGCGGGGUGAAGGCCAACGAGGGCACGGUGGGCGUGAGCGCCGCCGCCGUCCGCGCCCAGUGCAACACCACGCAGGGAAACGAAGUCACCUCCAUCCUCAAAUGGGCUAAAGAUGCAGGAAAGUCUGUGGGAAUAGUGACCACAACCCGCGUCAACCACGCCACUCCCAGUGCCGCUUAUGCCCACUGCGUCAACAGAGACUGGUACUCCGACAACGAGAUGCCCCCUGAAGCCCUGCAGGGCGGCUGCAAAGAUAUCGCCAGGCAGCUCUUUGAAAAUAUUCCAAACAUCGACGUGGUUAUGGGUGGAGGAAGGAAAUUUAUGUUCCCCAAAAACCAGUCAGAUGUAGAAUACCCUGAUGUAGCGAAGCACAGCGGCACACGGAAAGACGGAAGGAACCUGGUGCAGGAGUGGAUUGACAGAGUGAAGCACAAGAAGGGCCAUUAUGUGUGGAACAAGAAGCAGCUUCUGUCCCUGAACCCAAACAGCGUGGAUUUCUUACUGGGCCUCUUUGAACCUGUGGAUAUGACUUAUGACUUGGAGAGGAACGCCGAAACCGAUCCUUCACUGACUGAGAUGGUAGAUGUGGCAAUAAAGAUCCUAAGGAAGAACCCUAAUGGCUUUUACCUGCUUGUGGAGGGAGGACGUAUUGACCAUGGACACCACGAGGGCAAGGCCAAGCAGGCGCUGCAUGAGGCGGUGGAAAUGGACCGGGCUAUUGGCCAGGCACAUCUUCUGACCAGCGUCCAUGAUACACUGACCGUUGUUACAGCCGACCAUUCUCACGUGUUCAGCUUUGGGGGCUACACGUACAGAGGAAAUCCAAUAUUUGGUCUGGCCCCCAUGAUGAGCGAUGUUGAUCAGAAACCUUUCACCUCCAUUUUAUAUGCAAACGGACCAGGUUACAAACACGUGAAUGGAGUGAGGGAGAAUGUUUCCACGGUGGAUUUCAUGGGAAGCAACUACCAAGCCCAGUCAGCUGUUCCUCUGGCCUUGGAGACUCAUGGAGGAGAGGAUGUGGCCGUCUUUGCCAAGGGUCCCCUCGCUCACCUGCUACACGGAGUCCAAGAACAGAACUACAUCCCACAUGUAAUGGCGUAUGCAGCCUGUAUCGGCCAGAACAGAGAGCACUGCCUCUCAACCGGUGGCACAGUCGGCCUGCAGCCUGUAUUUUCAAGCAUAGCAGCCAUUCUCACAGUAGCUCGACUUCUGUGUUAACCUUCCACAGACACUUUAUUCCAGUAAUAUAAAUUUGAACCAAUGUCUCAUCACAUUUUUUUUGGUUCGUUUUUAAUUUCUGUUUAGAAUUUUUUUUUUUUACUGCGGGACCACUAAAAGACAAAUUUUAUGGUGAAAUAUUAAGUUAGAAAAACCCAAAAGCACAUUCUCCAGUUAUUUAAACAUGAAUGCACCA